AUGGCCGACCCUUCCUAUCUCCAAAGUGUUACUCUUAGCCAAGGAAGCCAGGUGAAGGAAGUAGUGCUCCACUUGUACCUUUACCAGAAUGGACAAGCACAGCCCAAGGGCAACCAAUGCCAGAUAGUAGGUUCAACUCGCCCUCAUGGUUUCGGUACCACCGUUGUUAAUGACUGGACCAUACAUGAUGGUCUUAGCCCCACCACAAACAUCGUUGCGCGUGCCCAAGGCCAGCUUAUACAGGCAGGCAUGACUGCAGGCAGCUGGUUCAUUUGCCACAACAUCGUGUUCACAGAUGACAGGCUUGAGGGUCCACCCCUUAAUGUUAUUGGAAACAUAGAGGGACAAGAAGGUGAAUGGGCAAUUGUCAGUGGAACCGGAGAGUUUGCCUAUGCACAAGGUGUUGUCUCCUACAAAGUAAUCACGAGCACCCCCCAAUGGAAGGUCACAAGGGAGCUUCAUAUCCGUGCCUUGUGCAUCACCUUGUUGAAAUCGCCGGUACAAAACACCUAA